AUGGUUACUCUGCAUAGUGACCAUCCCUUCCUUUACAACACCUUCCCUACCAGCACCAACACUUGGGUGGCCCGCAUGUCUGAAAAUAAUGCUCCCCAACCAGUGAAGCUUUCACUCCCGCUUGAAUAUCAGCAGAGCUUAUUCCAGGAGCUUCGCGCCGAAGAUGAGCUUGUCGUGAUUGCCCGCGGACUUGGGCUCAUGCGCCUUGUCAACAAUCUCCUCCACUCCUACGACGCGGCUGGUAACAAUUUGAUUGUAAUAGUCGGUGCUGACGACCGAGAAAAUGGAUGGAUCGGAGAAGCACUGGCCGAGCAUGCGGCCAUCAGCAUGUCCCCCAAAGCGCGUGGCUUGACAGUGGUCAACACCGAUUUCCAGAGCGUUGGCGCAAGAGAAAAGAUGUACGCCGGAGGUGGGAUAUUCAGCAUCACGUCGCGAAUCUUAGUCGUCGAUCUUCUCACAAGUCUGCUCAAUCCUGAGUCCAUCACUGGUCUCGUUGUACUCCACGCUGACCGUGUCAUCGCAACAUCGCUUGAGGCGUUCAUUCUCAGGGUUUACCGCCAGAAGAACAAGAUUGGGUUCCUGAAAGCCUUCUCUGAUAACCCGGACCCUUUCACAACCGGUUUCUCGCCUCUAGCUACUAUGAUGAGGAACCUCUUUCUUCGAAAAGCCUCCUUAUGGCCCCGGUUCCAUGUCACAGUCGCACAAUCCUUGGAAGGAAAGAAGAAGGCCGAGGUCAUCGAACUCGAAGUCCCUAUGACGGACUCGAUGCGAGACAUUCAGACCGCAAUUAUGGAGUGCGUUGAAGUCAGCAUCCACGAGCUCAAGAAAGGUAACAGCGGCCUGGAAAUGGACGAUUGGAACCUCGACAGUGCUCUUCUCAAAAAUUUUGACGUCAUUGUACGACGACAACUGGAUCCCAACUGGCAUCGUGUGAGCUGGAAGACUAAACAGAUUGUCAAUGAUUUGACUGUUCUACGGGGCAUGCUUAACUCAAUUCUAUCUUACGAUGCUGUUUCCUUUCUCCAACAUCUCGACACCAUUCAUGCAGCUCAUUCUCCACCUCCAGGAUCGACGCGACAAAACCAAUCGCCAUGGCUCUUCCUUGAUGCUGCUCAAACUAUAUUCGAUACUGCAAGACGACGAGUAUAUUCCGCUAGUGCCAGGGAUGCCGCUCGGGAAGAUAAUAUUGAUUCCCUAAGGCCUGUCCUUGAAGAACUACCCAAAUGGGCACUAUUGGCUGAGGUCCUGGAGGAGAUCGAUCGCGAUUUAUACUUCGAGCCCCCCGUUCGAGACGACUCCAAUGGCACCAUUCUCGUGAUGUGUUCAAACACUGAUACAUGCCGCCAACUACGAGACUUCUUGCAGACAAUGCACGUUAAGCCCAAGGCAGAGAAGCGUGCUAGUGAAGACGAGGAAGACGAACAUAAGCCUUCUGCGGCUUUCAUGAUGCGAAGGCGGCUGCGAAACUACCUGAAAUGGAAGAGACAAUUUGCUCAAGUCAGCGCAACCCUCUUUUCUGAAAAUCAAAGGGCUCUCAAUGGUGCUACCGACACCCGCCCAGGCUUUGGAGGAUUGAGGGGUGGAAAGGCUCCUGCGAACAAGAGGCGACGAGUGCGUGGUGGGGGUAACGCCGGUACAAGUAUGGGCCGCGCUGAGAAUGGUAGCAUCAUGCAGUAUAUCGAGAAGCCAGGAGAAGUUGCCGAUCUUAUGGCUGAGGUUCAAAUCACGGAAGAGGAAGCUCAACAGAAAGAAGAAGUUGUAUCGGACCCGCUCGACAACAUGGAAGAGUACUUCAAGAUGUACGACAUGCAAGACCUCGUUGUUGUCCAUGCAUACGACGGAGACCAGGACGAGCAUGUUCUAGAAGAAACCAAGCCGCGAUAUAUCAUCAUGUAUGAGCCCGACGCAGCUUUCAUCCGUCGAGUCGAAGUAUACAGGUCCUCGCAUAACGACAGGAAUGUGAGAGUAUACUUUAUGUACUACGGAGGCUCGGUGGAAGAACAGAGAUAUUUAUCGUCCGUCCGCCGAGAGAAAGAUGCAUUUACUAAACUCAUUAAAGAAAGGGCAAGCAUGUCACUCGUUAUGACGGUCGACCCAACAGAGGAUCCUGAAGAAGCGUUCCUCCGCACUGUCAACACUCGAAUUGCUGGCGGUGGAAGGUUGGCAGCAACAGCUGAGCCACCACGCGUGGUGGUAGAUGUACGAGAAUUUAGGUCCUCCUUACCUUCCCUUCUUCAUGGUCGCUCCAUGGUUAUCGUUCCAUGCAUGCUCACGGUUGGCGAUUACAUCCUGUCGCCAAACAUUUGUGUGGAACGCAAGUCCAUUAGUGAUUUGAUCUCGUCGUUCAAAGAUGGUCGACUCUACAGCCAGGCCGAGACUAUGUUUCAGUACUACAAGAGUGCGAUGCUUCUGAUCGAGUUUGACCAAAAUAGGUCCUUCACGCUCGAGCCCUUUGCCGAUCUCUCGGGGAGUCUGAAUAGUGUCGCACCAACAAACAUGUCAUCCGACCUCCAAUCCAAAUUAGUGCUACUUACUUUGGCAUUUCCCAAAUUACGCAUUAUCUGGUCAUCUUCGCCCUACCAAACAGCUGAGAUCUUCGAGUCUCUCAAAACGCAGGAAGAGGAGCCGGACCCGGUUGCUGCUGUCAGAGCGGGUCUUGAUAAGGACACCCGGGCCGAGGAGCAGGCUUUCAACCAGGAGCCGCAGGAUAUGCUUGCCAUUGUGCCAGGUGUUACACCACAGAACAUCAAGAACUUGGUGCUCAAAACAGAGAGUAUUCGCGAGGUUGCUAAUAUGUCGGUGCAAGAAUUGACGCCCCUGGUAGGCGCAGCAGCUGGGCGGCAGAUUCACGGGUUCUUCACCCGCAAUGUAAUGGAAGAGGACGAUUAA